AGUUGCAGGUGGACCAGCAUGUCGGGAUGGAAACUGUGCUUUGUUCUGCUGCUGUAUCUCCCGGUUUGCUUUAACUCUGAAGUGAGUGAAUUUAAAACCAUCGGGAGAGGACCAGACGUCACUCCCAUCUGCAGCAAUGCAACAGAGAACAUAACGCUCAUAGUGUGUAAGAUCAGAACUAACAGGACUGGAGCAGAGUGUCGUCUGCUGUAUCGACACGGAGGAGACUUUGAGCACGAAUGUGACUCCAGGUUCACUCUUAAGAUGGAGAAUCAGACCGUGUUUCUCCACCUGACUGGUCUCACACCAGUGGACAGUGGGAACUACACCUGUGAGUGUUCACGUGGGGGCGAGACGCAAACCAUCCAUCUGAAUAUCACCGUGGAAGGGGAAGAAGAGAGAGAGAGCGGCGUGACGUCACACACGCGGCUUCUAAACGCGUUGAUCGGUGCAACAACAGUCAUCUGUAUAACUGCAGUUAUCUUUGGGUUGAUCUACAGGGGAAAACGUCACAGGUCGCGGUCAUCUGUACGUGAGACUCACGACUCUCUUGAAGACGACCCAGAUGACCCGUAUACGAGCCUCCAGCAACCAGCCGCUGACCUUUACCAGACGAUCUCCCACUCAAGAGGCUCUAAAGACCAGGAAGUAGACGGAGGAGACUCUGAUCAAAGUUGCCAGGACACUUAUGAAAAUAUGACUCCGUAAGCAGCACGAGGACUGUGACUUGUGUUUGUACUUAAUCAUGAUUUCUUGCAAUAAGAUGUGAUUUAAGUAGAUGUUGAAUGAGCUGAAGGUCCUUUUGAGUGACAUUUCACUGGGAUCAGUGUAACUGUUCUCUGUCCUCUUUCACUGCACAAAAUAUUCAAGAUUCAUUGUCUGAAAACACGUUUAUCACUCAAAUGUUGCUUGUCGGUGACUGUGUCCAAUAACACGUGUCAAGAGAUAUUUUAACAAGUACACACAGGAGGAUCUUAAAAAUCUGUAUUUUCCAUUUGGUAAUGAAAUGUAACCUUUUAAGUUACUACUUUGUUUUUAAAUACUCUGUAUGAAAGUAAAGCAGUGGUUGAAAGAUUAUGAAAUGCAAUAAAGGGAGUAACACAUUA